AUGCGCCUCUCCGGUCUCUUUCUUUCCGCCAGCCUCGGUGCUGCCGCGACCAUCCCCCGCCAGGCCGACAAUGGUUGCGCCGAUCCUGCUAAGCGUGUGGAAUGGCGAACCCUGGGCGCCGAUGUCCAGAAACAGUACAUUGACGCUGUUCUGUGCCUCAAGACCAAACCCUCGGGCAUAGGACUCAACACCACGCGCUACGACGAUUUCCCCUAUGUCCACUCCCACCUAGACAAGACCAAACUCGCAGUCCACUCGGUUGCUAUGUUCCUUCCUUGGCACCGUCUCUUUGUUCAAGUCUACGAAGACUCUCUCCGGGACUGUGGAUACACUGGUCCUAUGGCAUAUUGGGAUUGGACGCUGGACGCAGGCGACCCGACUAAGGCGCCUGUUUGGGACCCUAUAACCGGCUUCGGCGGCAACGGCGAUCCCGCUAUUGAUGUCAUGGACAGUAACAUGAAGUGUCUUGUCGACGGCCCGCUCAAGGGCUUCCAGGUCGCCUAUACUAUGAAAGGCUACGAGCCUCAUUGCCUCGCCCGCGACUGGAACAGUGGCAUUGCGUUCCCUGGCGACAUGCUGGCUGACUCUUACAACAAGGAAGCCGUCGACAAGGUCGCCGCCCAGGACAACUAUAAGGACUUCCGCUACCACCUGGAGGGUGGCCCACACGGCGCGAUCCAUUCGGCCGUGGGUGGUGACAUGUCGCCUGCCACCUCCCCCAACGAUCCCAUCUUUUUCCUCCACCACACCCAAAUCGACCGCCUGUGGACUCUGUGGCAGAUGGAAAAGCCUGAAACCCGUACUACCGACUUCGGCGGCCCUAAGACUCAGAACCUCAGCAACCCCGGCGAAGCUACCCUGGAUGAUGUUAUGCCGUACCUCAACCUGGUCCCGGACAUUAAGGUCUCGGAGGUCAUGAAGACGCAGACCUCCAAACUUUGCUACAGCUACUAG